AUGGCCAUCCUGACCACCGCCAUUCUCGCGCUCUUGAUCGCUGCCACGACCGCCGUCCUGCUCCCUCAGCUUAUAGGCCAUGUACUCGGGCUGAUCCUGCGCGGCGCGGGGUGGCUGAUCCGCCGACGAACUCGAUCUCGACGUGAAUAUGUGAUCGCGCGGGCGCGAUCCGACGAGGAAGAAUUAUUAAAAACACUGCGCGCAAAGAACUCAACACACUCUCUGGCCCGGAGCUCGGCCGAGGAUGAGGAUUGGGAGAAGGUGGAUAAUACCGCCGGCCCUGCUGGAGUGAAGGCUUCUAGCAGCGAUGAUAUCGGCGCCAGUGAUGGAGCAAAGAGGCCCGAUGACUGGGAUGGAAUUAUCGGGUUUUUCCACCCGUUUUGUAAUGCUGGCGGUGGUGGAGAACGAGUACUUUGGGAAGCAGUACGUGCAACACAGAAGCGCUGGCCCAAGGCAAUUUGCGCCAUCUACACCGGCGAUCACGAAGUCAACAAGGCGACCAUGUUGGAGCGCGUCGAGAACCGGUUCAACAUUCAAUUGCAUGCUCCAACAGUGGUGCUUCUGUACCUGACCACCCGCAAAUACGUUGUCGCCAGCUCUUACCCACGCAUGACACUGCUUGGACAGUCGUUGGGAUCGCUGGUCGUCGCCUACGAUGCCUUUACACUGCUAGUGCCUGACGUAUUCAUCGAUACCAUGGGCUAUGCCUUUACUUUGGCACUGUGCAAGUGGCUCUUCCCUAGUGUGCCGACAGGCGCGUACGUGCACUACCCGACGAUUUCCACGGAUAUGCUCGCAUCUCUCGACGAUCAGAGCGGGAUUCAAGGUUUGAAUGCAGGCGCAGGCAAGGGACUGAAGGGUACCGUCAAGCGGCGCUACUGGCAGCUAUUCGCUCAACUGUACGGCUGGGUCGGCCGCCACGUCGACGUAGUCAUGUGCAAUUCCUCUUGGACCGCAGCCCACAUUCGCAAACUUUGGGGUACUGGCAAGGACAGAGCAAGCAACGAUGCCGACACUACUACUGGUAAGGGCACUCCGUCCUCGCCAGCCGUUGUAUUCCCUCCCACGGCCGUAUCAGAGCUAGAAUCCAGCAUCGCCGUGGAUGCCGAGAGUGAGCAGAGCCGCCACGCUACCCUGCUCUACAUCGCACAGUUCCGCCCAGAGAAGAACCACCCUCUCGUCCUCCGCUCCUUCGCGCGGUUCCUACAAGAGCGUGCCCGCAACCCGGCAUAUGCUGACCAACCCCAACCCCGACUCGUCCUCAUCGGAUCUGUCCGCCACGCUAGCCCAGACGAAACUCACAUCUACAACCUCCGCCUACUAGCGCACGAGCUGCGCAUCCGCGAUCAUACCACUUUCCUCUGUGACGCAAGCUGGCCUGCCGUCCUCUCGCACCUUGGCACAGCCUCCGUCGGCGUAAACGCCAUGUGGAACGAGCACUUUGGCAUCUGCGUCGUCGAAUACCAGGCCGCGGGACUGAUCUGCGUGACGCACGACUCCGGCGGUCCCCGCGAGGACAUUGUCGUGGACCUCGGUGACGGAGCGACGGGUUUCCGCGCCGAGACCGAGGAGCAAUUCGCAGCUGCUUUUGAGGCGGCGCUUGCGUUGCCGGAGUCGGAGAAGGUUGCUAUGCGUCUGCGGGCGAGACGGUCGGCACAGAGGUUCACGGAGGAAGAGUUCUCGCGGAAGUGGCUGGGACAGGUGCAGAAGCUGGUUGAGGCUUUGCGAUAG